UAGAAUCAGUGCAGAAAUCUCCAGUCCAUGGUAGUUUCAGCAGUUAUCAUUUAUGGCUUCAAGCAGCACUCAAGCACCCUCUUCUUCUAUCCCUCCUUGGAGUCAUGAUGUUUUCUUGAGUUUCAGAGGGAAAGACACCCGCAAAAAUUUUAUGGAUCAUCUAUACAUAGCUUUGGUUGCAAAUGGAAUUCACACCUUUAGAGAUGAUGAAGAACUUGAUAGAGGAGCACCAGGACUCUUGAAAGCUAUCGAGCAGUCAAGGAUUUCCAUUGUUAUUUUCUCGGAAAAUUAUGCUGAUUCUAGAUGGUGUUCGGAUGAAGUUAUAAAGAUUAUUGAGUGUGUGGCAACAAUUAGGUGAAUGGCUCUCCAAGUUUUCUACCAUGUGGAUCCAACCGAAGUGAGAAACCAGACAGGGAGUUAUGGGAAAGCAUUUAUGGAGUACGAAAAAGAUGUGAGCAAGGAGAAUAGAGAGAAGGUAGAGAGGUGGAGAGCAGCCUUGAAAGAAGCAAUCAAUCUAUCUGGAUGGCACCUUCAUGAUCACUUAGAAAAAGUUGAUUUGAGUGUCCACUGGAAGGAUAAAAGAAUGAAGCCACUCUUCACUUUUCACUGUCCUUGGAUUAGAGGUGGUGGAGCAAGGCAUCUCCUGUCAUCUUCACUAGGUGGAAGACACGCCUUCGGAGAAGAUUAUUGGACUAGAAGCGCUGCUCUACGGAACUUAUUAUAAAAUGAAUUAUAACCACCUACCAUAUUUUCUGUCACAACUUUAUUAAGGGAUGAAAAUCACCUCAUAACCACCCCAUCACCCACAUAAAUACUAUCAAAUCCAAUCUUGAUCAUUAUCCAAAAGUCCACUCUCCGGCUCCCUCCAUUAAGUAAUAAGAAAAAAAAAAAAUACUAAUCUCACAAACAUGGGAUAUAUUAAAAGGGAAAUUGUAAUCAUACCUUAUACCAUGUAUUUUAUCUUUUAUUUAUUUUUAUUUUUUUGUACUUA